CGGUGAAAAGACGUUCGCCUAAUCAGCUCUUUUUUGCUAUCCGGACUACCUGAAAACGGCUGCCGUGGCUGCGGAAUCGCAUCUUGACGUCACUGAGCCUGCGGAAGUGUUUACGUGUUUCCGGCGUCGACAUCGUGCCUGGACACACGGGUGGCGGCGGCGGCGGUGAAAGGACGUUCGCCUAAUCAGCUCUUUUUUGCUAUCCAGACUACCUGAAAACGGCUGCCGUGGCUGCGGAAUCGCAUCUUGACGUCACUGAGCCUGCGGAAGUGUUUACGUGUUUCCGGCAUCGACAUCGUGCCUGGACACACGGGUGGCGGCGGCGGCGGUGAAAGGACGUUCGCCUAGUGAGCUCUUUUUUGCCUAUCCAGGUUGGUUCCCUGCAUCUCGGCGGGCGGUGUUUCACGGUUCCUGCCUGGUUGGAAUCGUCGCGCUGGAGCUGCUUUCCAAAGCGACGCUCCUUUUCAACGUUCACUUUUUCUUCAUCCAUCAGACCACCCGAAAACGGCUGCCGUGGCUGCGGAAUCCAUCUUGACGUCACUGAGCCUGCGGAACUGUUUACGUGUUUCCGUCGUCGUCAUCGUGCCUGGACACACGGGUGGCGGCGGCGGCGGUGAAAGGACGUUCGCUUAAUCAGCUCUUUUUUGCCUAUCCAGGUUCAUCACGACUGCAGCACCGGUUUAAAGCCUUCUUUGGACAAAAAAAAAACCGUGAAACAAACAUGAAGGCAACAAUCGAGGACGGUAUUGUGUACUCUCCGUAUCCGAAAGUCGACAUACCGGUGUGCUCUGUCUACACAGCCAUGAAGGAACACCUAACGGCUUCACCUGAUUUAGUAGCCCUGGUGGACGAGAAGAUGCGCCUCACACAUGGGCAGUUCUUUUCUCGCUUGCGAAAAUUUGCUGCGGGCUUCCAGGCACAUGGUAUCGGGCUUGGCGAUCGCGUCUGCGUCCACCUUGACAACAGCGUAGAGAACAUUGUUGCCCUGUACAGCAUCACCUUCACGGGAGCGUCGGUGCUGCUUUCGAAUUCGAUCCUGAACGAACAUGACCUCCUCUUUCAAGUGAACUAUGCGGACGCAACUCACAUUUUGACCACACCACAGUAUGCAGCUAAAGUCAGUGCAGUGAAGGAGAAAACGAAUGUUAAGGGUCUGUUCGUAAUUGGCGACUCCGUUCCUGGCUUUGUGUCCGUGUCCGGUUUCGCUGAACUCAACGAGGACCACUUCAAAGAGGUGCCCAUUGAAGACCCGAAGAACUGCACGCUCGCUGUCUUUUACUCUUCCGGGACGACGGGUCAAGCCAAGGCAAUGGAGAUAUCUCAUUACUGUUUGGUGGCGAACUUCUACAUGGCCAAGGCUAUAGUCAGCUACCAGCCUGGAGAUAUUCUUCUCGCCUGGUAUCCCAUAACCUAUACACCUGGGUUUAUAUGCAUCCCAGUAUCCGUCUUUAGCGGAGCCACAUGCGUCGUAGUAGAGUACGGAUUGACAUUCGACCAGUUCGUGUAUUACGUCAACAAGUACAAGGUGACAUCACUAGCAUUGCCCCCGCUGCAGCUGCACAGUUAUUUAGCAGGCCUGAUACGGACUGGAACGAAGCUUUCCUCCAUAAAGACGAUCAACGUGGGCGGCAGUGUAUUAACCGAAGCGUUUGCCAAAGAGAUACUCGCUGCCUUGGAUGGUGCUCGCUCUCUGCAGAACCAUUAUGGCAUGUCAGAAGCCUGUGGUGCCGUGUGCUCAACUCCAAAGUAUGAAAUCUCUUCGGGAAACGUUGGCUUUGCGGCACCGAUGGUGGAACUCAAGUUCAUCGACUUAGAGACAGGCGAGAAAGUGGGACCCAAGCAAUACGGCGAGCUAUAUUUUCGUACCCCAAGCGUCAUCAAAGGCUACUACAAAAAUCCAGAGCUACUUAAGGAGGUUAUGGAUGAGGAUGGAUGGUGCAGAUCAGGGGACAUCAUGUACUACGAUGAAGACGGCCGUGUCUACUUCGUGGACAGGGUGAAAGACAUGAUUAGGUGCCUACACCUGCUCGUGUCGUCCAUGGAACUUGAAGGCCUUCUGCAGAGUCACCCCAGUGUGGCCAACGCCGUCGUGGUGGGAAUCCCGAAUAUCAAGUACGGCGACGCCCCGGCUGCGUUCGUUGUUCUGCGAGAUCCGUCUUCGGCGUCAACCGAGCUGGCAGCUGAGCUCAAGGAGCACGUCGCCAGCAAAACUGAGAAGUUCAAGCAUCUCUACGGAGGCCUGGUGUUCGUGGACCGCUUGCCAAGGAACACCAACGGCAAAGUUUUCAAGCGUCAACUAAAGCUUAUGUAUGCCAAGUCGAAGAUAUACUAAGGACCGAAUUCGUACCAUCAUCGAUUAUAUAAAAAAUAACAAAACUUCCAACUCGCUUAUCAAAUU